UUUUCAAAAAUGUUUUAACAAAAUUACUUCCCCUUCUGUUUUGGCACAACUUUUGACAAAUUCUAAAUUUUAUGUGUAAAUUUUUUUUUGGCAAAUAAAUUUGGAAAAAUCUAAAAACAAAAUGAAUAACCCCCAUCUUUGUUUAAUGCCAUCUGACUUUCUAUAUCAUUUAGAUAUAAAUAUUCCGAAUUUGGACGACACUACAGACAUUGAGGACACAUAUGGGGAAGUAAAGUUCGUUUGUGUAGGUGGAACUAAGCCACGCAUGUGUUCAUUGGCCAAACAAUUGCGCUGUGCUUUGAAAAUAGAUCAACACUUGCCGCUCGUAGAUAUAAGCGCAGCAGCACAUCGGUAUAGCAUGUAUAAGGUAGGACCUGUUUUAUGUUGUAGUCAUGGAAUUGGCAUGCCUUCAUGCAGUGUGCUGUUGCAUGAACUCAUCAAAUUGGUGAGAUACGCUAAUUGCGUUGAUCCGAUAUUUUUGCGGUUGGGUACAUGUGGCGGGCUUGGAGUGCCUCCAGGUUCUGUAGUUAUAUCAAAACAAGUAUUUGAUGGUUAUCUGCGCAACGAAUAUGAAAUGCCUAUAUUAGGAGAAUGUGUACGCCGGCCAGCAAAUUUCAAUCCGAUAGUUUUUAAUGAGCUAUUAAAAUGCAAAGAGAGAGAUGAUAGAUUUGGUAUAUGUCUUGGCAACACAAUGUCAACAAAUUGCUUUUACGAGGGUCAAGCACGUAUAGAUGGCGCUGUUUGUUGUUACUCGCUUGAACAAAAAAUGUGUUUUUUAAAUAAAAUUCAUUGCAUGGGUAUUAAAAACAUCGAAAUGGAAGCUUUACAGAUGGCUGCAAUUACAUACCAUUGUGGCAUCAAAGCUGGUGCAAUAUGUGUUACACUUUUGAAUCGGUUAAAUGGCGAUCAGAUCGAUAUAACAAAAGAACAACUCGAUGACUUUCAGCAGCGCCCUCUAACAGUUGCGAUUCGUUAUAUAAAAAGAGUUUUAAACAUUAGCAAUUGCGCAGACGAAUAGUGUUUCCUAUUUAUUACAUCUGAAUAAUUUUUGUUAUAUUUCGUUUUGUUAUCUGGUAAUCAAAAAAUUUAAAAA